CUUUUUCGGUGUUUCUGUUUCCAGUCAUGUGUUUAGUCUCUCGCUUGUUCACGAUUUUUCCUCUGCUUUUAGUUUUUUAAUUUUUUUUUGCCUUGGAUCUAUUGGGAGUUUCUGGAUCUUGAUUGAUGAAUCUAAAUCGCUUCUCGUCUAAUGGCUGAUUGCCGCUGCGCUGGAAUUUAACUGGAGAUGUACUAAUCGAUUCCUUUUGUGUAAUUGCUUUUGAAAAAAAGUCGAGUUUCUGAUCUCUGGGGGGUUUUGACCAGGAAAGCUCUGUUUUUUAAUCAGUGUUUGUUACUCGAAAUGAAAUUCUUUCAAUUGUAGAUUAAGCCGUGUAAAUGGUGAAACAAAUGAAAUUUUAAUCAUCCAUCGUUUCUUUUGGGCAUUUGAAAAAAAUCAAAUGAGAAGAGAUUUGUUUUGGUGAAGUUUAUAUGAUUCUAUGCUUGUUUCUGUUUAUUGUGUAUACAUAAAUGGCUGUAAGUUUAAGGUUUUACUUAUUAAAAAUAAAGCAAUUUUAUUUUUUUUUGGUAGCUGAUGUUGAUUUAUGUAAAUAGUAGUGAAUGUAAUCAAGAUGAACUACAUGAAAUUGGGUAAAGGGGAGUUGCUUAUCCUGAAAUUACCGGUAAGAAACCAAUUGUAUGUGCUUGUUAGAACAUCAAUGGAUUCUUCUUCUUGUCAAAGGUGUUAAGCAUAGAGUUACAUCUUUGGUUAUAAAGAGAAGAUAAGCUCCUUUGCUACAUAAGAACUGCUCUAGACAAAUCAUGUUUUUCCGCAAGAGCAAUUCCUCCCAUGAUAGUGAGAGUGUUGAGCAGCAGCACGAGCGCAAGUUCCAAGAGCUCAAGUCUUCUCUGGGACCAUUGACGGGUCGCAGUCAGCAGUAUUGCUCUGACGCUUGUUUGAAGAGAUAUCUGGAAGCUCGGAGCUGGAAUGUAGAAAAAUCAAAGAAGAUGUUGGAAGAGUCACUGAGAUGGAGAUCAAGUUUUAAACCGGAAGAAAUCCUUUGGAGUGAAGUUGCAAUUGAAGGUGAGACUGGGAAAGUAUUCAGAGCAAACUUUCAUGAUCGACAGGGUAGGACUGUUCUUAUACUGAGACCGGGAUUACAGAAUACAACAUCACUGGACAAUCAGAUGAAACAUCUGGUUUAUCUCAUUGAGAAUGCCAUAGCAAAUCUUCCAGAAGGGCAGGAACAGAUGGCGUGGUUGAUUGACUUCACAGGUUGGUCUAUAAGCAACAACGUCCCUAUUAAGUCUGCAAGAGAUACAGUCAACAUACUACAAAAUCAUUACCCUGAGAGACUAGGCGUGGCGUUUCUGUACAGCCCCCCUCGCAUUUUUGAAGCAUUUUGGAAGAUUGUUAAAUACUUCUUGGAUCCAAAAACGUUCCAGAAGGUGAGAUUUGUGUACCCAAAGAACAAGGACAGUGUAGAAAUUAUGAGGUCGUAUUUUGAUGUGGAGAAUCUCCCGACUGAGUUUGGAGGCAAUGCAACACUGCAGUACGACCAUGAGGAGUUUUCAAGGCAAAUGGCAGCGGACGACAUGAAAUCUGCCAAGCUGUGGGGUUUGGAGAAGCACCAGCCUAAUGGUUUGAUGGGAGCAGAGGUGGCUCCAGAGCCAGAGUCCCUUGCUCCACCAGCGAGCUAAGUCAUAUCUAAUGGCGAUGACAAACUAAAUUAUGAUUAUUAGAAUAAUGCUAAAUAUAGUAUAUAAGCUCUAAAAGAAAUGAACAAUUCGGUACUUGCAAAAUAUGGAUGCUAAGGGUAAUACUAUCUCAGGGUUUCAUUU